AUGCCUCCAUCCAUGGCUCCAUGGAAUCCCCCUCAGAUGCACAGCCUGCACUAUGCAGACCACAGCCUCCAAUAUGGUCAACAGCAACUGAUGUCCAACUAUCUCCAAUCGGUCCCGAACUCCAUGCCCCCGGUUCCUCAUAUGCAGCGGGAGGCGAUCCCGCGUCCCGGGCAGAGCGGUCCGUGGAUCAUCGAGGAGGACAACAUCCUCUUGGACGCAAAGGGCCGGGGACUGUCCUGGGAAGAGAUCCAUCGACGGUACUUCCCCAACAAAUCGGCCAACGCAUGUCGCAAGAGACACGAGAGGGUGUUGGCGAAAAUGCGCGACACUGAUUGGGAUGAGGCAAGGAUCCAGCGGGUCACCGACGCGUACAACCGGCACCGGCAUUCCAUAUGGCAACCUUUGUGCAAAGAGCUGGGGGAGUCCAUGUCAGAUGUGGAAAAAGUGAUGUUUCAACAGGGACUCCGCAACCUGAGGAACCCUUCUCGCUCCAGCCAUGGUCGACAAAGAUCACGAGCAAGUUCGGGUCAGGGAGGUGUGAGUGACUACGAACAGGGCUCAUCCCUGGACGAACAAUAUGACCACACCGACGACAGUGGGAUCAGUCUGGGUAAUCAUGCACAUAGUCGACGUGCCAGUGAGAUCACCACGGGUCUGUCGACAGAGAGUCUGCCUUCCGUCAAUCGUCUUCUGUCAGAGACUGCAUAUGGGUACACAGCUUGA